AUGGCUGGCAAAAAGAAAUCGAAAAAGCCCGCUGCGAACCCAGCGCGCGGGUUUGCUACUACCUCGAUCGCAUCAAAGCCCCGAGUCGAUACCGCCGAAGCCACGGGCGAAAACACCCCGGCCAGCAAGCCUGAUGAUUCAGCCGCCCCGCCAACAAAUGAUGCACCGCAAACCAGCGCCGCGACCAAGAGAGAGGACAAAGCAACAACCAAGCAGUUGAGCCCUGAAGAAUUCGAGAAACAACUUCAAGAAUCGGAGCUGCAGCUCCUGGUAGAAAAGUACGCGCAAAAAGUGAGGCGGGAUGCGCAGCGGCAGAAAACACGACUCGAAACGGACCGGCGUCUCCUUCGGGGCCAGGCCGAGACGAUCAACACCAAGAAAUGGCUACCUCAAGAGUUAAUGGACUAUGUUUUGGGGCUUAUCCAAGCAGAAGGGCGGUUUGCAGCUUCCAACGUCUCCUCCGAGGGCGGCACUAGUAGGCUGCCGCCCGAAGAAGACCUCAUCAUCAAGCUGUGGACAUUGCAGUUGACACUGGAGAGCGCCGACUUCCCGGAAGAGAAGGUCCAGCCAGCACUACAGUUCGUGCUGGAUAUUGCACCUAAUAUCCCCAACAAUAGCAAGGGCGAGUCCAUAUGGGGUCUUGAGGAGGCACUCGACUGGUUUGCAAGGGAAUGUGCCAGGGAAGAACUUCCGGACUACACAGGCCGCAAGACAGCCUCCAAGUCGCAAACAGAAACGCCUCUGGCUUCAGGGGAAACUACACCUCUCGGGAUUGACCUGGGAUUUGGGACAAAGUUGAAGAAUGGAGCGCUCAACCGGUCGCGCCAGGCGUCGCCCAAACGGCCCACCGUGACAUACGACGAGGACAUUGAACCUGACCAACUGAUGCCGUUAUAUCUUGAGACCAAGGCGAAGUUGUUCUCCAUCCAGCGACCACGGCAAGAUGCUCCGAGGGGUGGUGUUGCAAGGAAGAAAACCGAGAGGUCGAAUGACCCGGAAGAGGAGCUCCUGCUUGCAAAGCUCGAACGCAUUGAGAAGGAUGUCUUAUUCGACAAAUAUGUUGCGGAGCAAAACUGGAAAGCGCAGCGUAUUAUUCUGGAAAAGGAGUAUGCCGCAGCCAAGGCUGAGGAGAAAAAGAAUAAGGAGGUGGCAUCGGAAGAACCUCUUCCUGCGCCAAAUGACUCGAACGAUGUCAAUGAGGAAGCUGAGCGCAUUGCGGCAGAGGUUCUGGCCGAAGAGGAUGACGACGGCACUUUAGCCGAUCUAUUCUCAAGCCUGCCCGUUAGUGAGGUUGAUCCGCUCACUGGCAGGACCAACACCGUCAUGAAUGGCACGGAUGGCAAGAAGGUCACCAUACGUGAUUUCGGAAAAUGGACUGGAGUGAGCCCAAUGCGGGCCCUGGAAGAGGCGUGCCGCGCAAGGGACUCAUCCGCAAGGAUAUCGUACCAUACGGUAUCUGACGUUUCGUUCGCGAGUAGACAUGCCGUUAAAGUCGUGUGGUCGAAGGCGCAGGACAUUCCUGCUCCUCCUGACAUUCCGGAGCUUGAAUUUCAUGUGUCACCCACCCAGUUCGUCUCCAAAAUGAGUUCCAUCGCAACUCCGGACGCGAGGCAGUCCGAGGCAUACAUUGCCACCGCUGCCCUGUUCUGCAUAUUUGGGUCGUCGGCCAAAGAGGAGAAGGUAGCAAUGAGGCUGCCACCUGCCUGGAAGGAUCUAUGGUCCGAGUUUGCAGGGGCAAAGAAAAACAAGGCCGACGAAUUGGACCGAGAGGUUUUGAGACGUCUCCGUGGCCUUGUGCAGAAGAGAAUGGAGCAAGAACUUGAAGAGGGUGUUCUAGUACAGGGUUUCAAGGGGCGAGGGCAGGCAAAGAACUUGACAGACUCGGAUCAGUCAGACCAUGAGCGAGCCAAGCGGCAGCCCUAUGGGCCAGAGUAUUACCAGAAUAUCUGGUUGCAGAAAGCGAGCUCACCUAGGUUUCAGCAGAUGCUGGCCUCGCGCAUGCAACUCCCAAUGUGGCAAUUCCGGCAACAGGUCGUCGAGACCGUCGAGCGGGAACAGGUGGUCAUUAUCUGCGGCGAGACCGGAUGGCAUGUACCCUUUUUUGGAAAGAGCACCCAGGUGCCGUCAUUCCUCCUCGAGCACCAGCUGCUUCAGGGUAAACCGUGCAAGAUAUACUGCACAGAGCCGCGACGCAUCUCUGCUAUUUCGUUGGCAAAACGCGUCAGCGAGGAGCUCGGCGAGGGUAAAGGGGAUCUCGGGACAAGUCGAUCAUUGGUGGGGUAUUCGAUCCGGCUAGAGGCGAGCACAUCCCGGGAAACCCGCCUCGUCUAUGCCACGACCGGUAUUGUGAUGAGAAUGCUGGAGGGGUCCAACGACUUGCAGGAGAUCACUCAUCUGGUCCUCGACGAAGUCCACGAACGCUCAAUCGACAGCGAUUUCCUGCUGAUUGUCUUGAAAAAGCUGUUAGCACGGAGGAAGGACCUCAAGGUCGUGCUCAUGUCUGCCACUGUUGAUGCAGAACGGUUUUCCAAGUAUCUCGGCGGUGCUCCUGUCCUGACAGUCCCUGGUCGGACGUUCCCGGUUCGCGUCGCCUAUCUUGAAGACGCGGUAGAACUGACUGGGUACACGGUUGAUCAGCGGAGCCAAGAGAAGCUCACCGAGCUGGACGACGAUGUGGAGCCAGAGCCGGAUGCUUCGUCGAAACCAGAGCUGAUCAAGGAGUUGAGACAGUACUCCCCGCGGACACGAAGCACUCUCUCCCAGAUGGACGAGUACCGGAUUGACUAUGAUCUAAUCGUCCAGCUCAUCUCGAAAAUUGCGGUUGAUCCGGAUUAUAUCUCCUACAGCAAGGCAGUCUUGGUAUUUCUACCGGGCAUUGCUGAGAUACGAACGCUGAACGACAUGUUGCUGGGCGACAAGUUUUUCGCCGACAACUGGCUCGUGUACCCACUGCACUCUACCAUCGCCACCGAGGAACAGGAGGCAGCCUUUCUCAUCCCGCCGCCGGGGAUGCGCAAAAUCGUGCUGGCCACCAACAUUGCCGAAACCGGCAUUACCAUCCCUGAUGUAACAUGUGUCAUCGACACGGGCAAGCAUCGAGAGAUGCGGUUCGACGAGCGGCGGCAGCUGUCUCGACUCAUCGACACUUUUAUUUCCCGUGCAAACGCUAAGCAGCGCCGCGGUCGUGCCGGGCGUGUCCAAGAGGGCCUUUGUUUUCACCUCUUCACCAAGUACCGGCACGACAAUCUCAUGAAUGAUCAGCAGACACCCGAGAUGCUGCGUUUGUCUUUGCAAGACCUGGCUAUCCGGGUCAAAAUCUGCAAGAUUGGUGGCAUCGAGGAGACGCUGAGCCAGGCGCUAGAUCCACCAUCAACAAAGAACAUUCGCCGGGCUAUCGAUGCGCUGGUUGAUGUCCGCGCUUUAACGGCGACCUCGGAGGAGCUGACACCUCUUGGUAUCCAACUUGCCCGUCUACCACUUGACGUCUUCCUCGGCAAACUUAUCCUUCUUGGGGCCGUGUUCAAGUGUCUUGACAUGGCCAUCACCGUGGCGGCUAUCUUGUCCUCCAAGUCGCCGUUUGUCGCGCCCUUUGGCCAACGCAACCAAGCGGAUUCGGUCCGCAGAGGCUUCCGCAAGGGUGACUCGGACCUCUUGACGGUUUACAAUGCCUACUCAGCCUGGAAGCGAGUCUGCCAGUCGGCAACAGGGGGCGGUGCCGAGUUCCAGUUCUGCCGAAAGAACUUUCUCUCUCCACAGACGCUAGCGAAUAUUGAGGACCUCAAAGGCCAGCUUCUGGUUGCAGUAGCCGACUCCAACUUCCUGCAGCUCACCACAGAGGAGCGGCAGACCCUCAAUCGCCUGCGCUUCAGCGGCGGCAGGCGACGCCGUCAAGCCUUCUUUGAAGUCCCCAAGCGCGUCAACAUCAACAGCGAAAACGAAAUCGUCGCCCAGUCGGUCAUUGCCUGGAGUUUCUACCCCAAGCUCCUCGUCCGCGACAUCGGCAGCAAAGGGUAUCGCAACGUGGGCAACAACCAGUCCAUCAGCCUGCAUCCGAGCAGUGUGAACAAGGGGUUCACUGAUCUGCGAUGGCUCAGCUACUACCACAUCAUGCAGUCCAAGGCGUUCUAUAAUGCCCACGAAACAACUGCCGUCGACCCCUUUGCCAUUGCGCUCCUCUGCGGCGAUGUCCGCGCCGACAUGUACUCGGGCGUGUUUGUGCUUGACGGGAACCGCGUCCGGUUUGCGAUGCCUGACUGGAAGACGAUGCUGGUGAUGAAGGUGCUCAGGGCGCGACUCCGUGAGAUGCUGAACCGUAAUUUUAAGAGUCCUGGAAAGCUGCCUACGGCGCAGCAUGAGAAGUGGCUGGAUGCGUGGCAGAGGAUAUUCACGCUUGCGCAGGAGACUGCUAGUAAGGCUAGGGAGAAGGCGGCGGCUUAG